AGUAUGGUCUUGCGACACGUGGCGCUACGGUCGAUGACGAUGCAGGGAAUUUUGCCGUUAGUGUAUCUCGGUCAGAAAAGUUUUGUGAUUGACGGGCCAACGAAAAUUCGGCAACCUCAGUGUUUUCUGUACACAAAUCAUUUAUACAAUUCAUUGUUCAAAGUCAGAUGGGCCUCGAUCGAAAGAAGAAAAACAUUAAAGAACGAUGAUGAAAUUCGGGGAAUGAAUCGAAGCUCGUCGAAAACGCUUCGACAUAACCACGUGGUGGAAAUUAGUGGUUGAAAAUGUUCGACAUUUGAUCGUCGACAAAAACAGAUAAAAAAUAGAGGCAGAAAGAGAGGGAGCUAGAGAAGCGCGGUAACAACGUUCGAGAUAUACGAAAAAGAACGAAAAAGCUUAUACGAAUUGCCGAAUAUUUGGAGCACGAAUUAGUGGAAAUUUAUAUUCAAUAUAAAACCAUGUCCGGAAAAGGUAAACUAAGUACAAAGAAGACACCUGUGAAGGUGCGAGAGGGUGGAAAAACUGCUCAGCCGUCACUGCAGAGUUCAGACACAAGUUCGGAGGGUGCAGAAAUGACGUCGAACUUACCGGCUUUGAAGAGUAUAGAUAGUGCACGUCAAUUACCGAGAUACACAAUGAUAUUGCAGAGAAAUGCUGAGGAAGGUGUGGGGAUGGAAGAUUUAGACACAUUGCAGCUGGAGCUGGAAACAUUAUUGUCAUCGGUAGUGGUGAGAACGAGAACUCUUCAGGAAGAGAUAGCAAAUUUGUCGUCUGCGGAGGAGCGACGUGACAAAAGAUCGAAAAGUGGCAAAGGUUUGUCGUCCUUCGACAAAAAAAUUCGUGAAGACAAGGCGCGAGCAAAGGACAUAAACUCGAAAACUCAGUCGCCCUUGACAACGAAAAUAUUGAAGCAGAAAACGUCGUCGAGCGGGGGAGAUCGAGUAGUUUCAAACCCUCACGAAAUAGUCCGAGUCGAAGGCUCCAAAUCCGACGUACCAAAGUUGUUGUUACCGAAAAAUGACACGACGAAUAAAUUCUGGGCGUCGGUGGAUCCUUACUGUACCGACAUUAUGCCGGACGAUAUAAAGCUCCUGGAAGAAUUGAUCGGGUCCCACGGGGAGCUCGGGGAAUUCAAAAAAAUUCCGCCCCUCGGUAGGCACUACAGUCUCACGUGGGCACACAACGAUCUUCUUCAGGAAGAAGACGCGGCUAAUCCAAAUAGGGAAAAGAAAAAAUCGCGCUCGGAUAUGUCGGUGUUGGUGGGGAAAGCCGACAAAAGAGUAAACGGCAUUGCUGGGCCAUUGACGCAACGUCUCGUUUCGGCGUUACUCGAGGAAAACGUUUACGUCGCUAAUAACAACACCGAAAACAAAUUAUUCCGAGACGGCGAUCCACCGGUUUUGCGAGAUCUUAGCAUACAAAAUUCCAUGAAUUUGGAGCUCAGAGUUCACAAAGAAUUGGUAGAACAGGGCAUUCUCGAACCCGAUGCCCAUAGAAAAAAUCAAGAAGACGACGAAAUAUUGGCCGAGAUCAAACGAUGCCAGCAGGAUUUAAUGUCACUCUCUAGUCACAACGUAACGCAACUCAAAAGGCUUCUCAAUCUUGCUCAAGAAGAGAGCAAACGGCAGGCUCUCAAGAGGAAAAUUUCUACCGCCGACAACGAAGUUGUCGAACACUACAACAAAUUACUUGCUUCCAAACAACGCAAAGUUCCUCUCACGAGGAAAGAACAAGAAAAAGCUUGGACUUGUCUCAGAGAACGCGAAGCUUUGCUGGAACAAUUAAACAUGUUGCCGUCCAAUAGUAUCGGCGAACCCGUUGCCUUGAAUCACACAGUUAGCAUGUAAUUUACGACUGAGAUUUCGAUUAUAUGUUUAUUAGUCAUUCACAUCGGUCUUACUACUCGCUCAGUGGCGGAAAUGAGAUGGAUUUCAUUUUAAAUUAGUUUUGGAAAACUUCAAUCGUAGAUUUUAAUAAAUUUCAACGAAUUCAUUCGUUUAUUUGCCAAUCCAAAAAUAUAAUAUUGCAGUUUGCACGAUUGAUACAGCGACAAAAAAUUAUUCUGAUUAUUGAAGCUCUAAAAUUCAAAAUAGGCCAAAAUCUUGUUCAUUUUCCCCAUCGAUAUUCGAAACAAAGCAAAUUCAUUAACGUCGCUUAAAUUUGUAUAUAUGAAUUCGAGAAAUAUUUUUAAAAAAAUCAUUAACGUUCGAGAAAACCAGACGAAAAUAAUUUCAAAAACCGUUACACGAUUCGAAAAAUUCCUCGAAGUCACAAAGUUACGAAAUCCCAUUCAUAUUUUGAUGAGUUUACUCGACAAAUAACGUCACUGAAAUAGGGAGUAAGUGAUAAAAAUAUCGACUAAAGAAUAUUUGAAACAAACAACGCUCCGUGUCGAGUGUUUUUGUUCUCGUUUCUUUUUUUUUUUGUAAAGCAACUUUUCCGCCAAUUCAAAUUCCGUUGAUAGAUUUUUGUAACGCGUUUAUGCGACUAAUUACGAAUAAUUGUGUAUAAAAAAGUGAAAUGAACAUUUUUCGUUAUGUAUAUUGUAAGAUUGAGUGUUUGAAGUAGGAUCCUCACGCUGGUGUUUCACUUUAAUCAAAUCUGUGUGAUCGAUUCACCCCGAAAUGUGUCCUUCACUUCUCCGUAGAUUGUGCACGAUCGUAUGUACAAACAAAAAUCGUUAAGAAUAACUUUCGUUCCGAGUCUACGAGAAGAAUCGAACAAUAAAAUGGAAAAAAGAAAAAACCCUGGAUAAGUAAGUCACUGAAUGGGCGAAGUGUAUGAAAAAAAAAAAAAAAACAUUAAAUCCGAAAUAACUGGGUA